AUGGAGUUCAAUUUUCCUGCUUUCGACGAUCUUCCCUCAGUACCAGGAGCGCCUCAAGGAUGUAUUUGGGGUUUCUACGAUAAGAAUGGCACGAAAGACGAGAUUGGCUCCUUGAAUCUUCUUACGCCGAGGGUCGUUAGAGAGGCAAGUUCUGAGAUACAGACCGGCCGCCGAGUCCAGCUCGACUGGCCUCUGGACUCUCUGCAGUCGCCUGGCUUUUGCCGCAAGAAAAUGGAGCACAAGGUGUUGGACUCCACAGAGAACCCGAAGCUCAAAGUGUUCAUCCUGGACGAUGAGAUCAACAUCAACACCCAGAGCAGCUCGCAAUGGGACAGCCUCAAGCACUACGCGCAUCAAGAGAGCCAGGUAUUCUACGGCGGUCUCACAUACGAAGAGGCCAAGAAAACGUCUACCAAUGGUAUACACAAUUGGUGCCAGGCAGGCGGCAUCGCAGGACGCGGUGUACUUGUUGACAUGGUACGCUACUAUGAACGGCGUGACGGCAAAGUCCCUGACGCUUGGUCAGCUUUCCCGAUCUCUAUUAUAGAUAUCGAGGCUGCGCUGGCUGAGCAAGGUACCAAUUUCCGACCUGGAGACAUACUCAUCAUGAGAACCGGAUACAUCAAGCGGUACAAUGAGUCAUCAGAAGAAGAGCGUCAGAAACACACCCUAUUCGGCGAUGGCGCUAUCGGUAUGGCAGCUACGGAGGAGACGGUGCGUUGGUUAUACGACAAGCACUUUGCGGCGAUGGCGGGCGAUACCGUAGCUUUCGAGGCUUGGCCACCGCAAAAAGGGAAUCCCUUUGUUCUUCACGAGUUCGCGCUUGUUUGGUGGGGGACGCCCCUAGGAGAGUUAUGGGAGGAAAGCCUUGCUGAGCUUUGUGAGGAACACAAAAGAUGGUCAUUCUUCCUUACAAGUGCACCUCUGCAUUUGACAGGUGGAAUAGCGAGCCCACCUGGGGCAAUAGCCAUCUUCUGA